GCGUGCCUCCGAUUGGUCCCUGUCCCUGGGCCCAUGGUCAGCUGAUCUGAUCUGAUCUGGUGCAGGAGGAUGGAGUGUGCAGCUGGAUGUUUGCGGAGAAGAGGUGGCCCUUAUAAAACUGAACCAGCUACAGAUUUGACGAAAUGGAGGCUGUCUAAUGUUGAGGGCAGACAGACGUGGAAGUAUAUUGACUACAGAGAAACAGAAGACAGGCAACAGACAAUGCUGGAGCUACAUUCAUUGGGGCUUGACACUAGUAAAUUUAUCAGGAAUUUACCAAGAGCUGCGACACCAAAAGAGGCAGUUCUGCAGGGAAUGACAUUUUAUGCAAAGCUACAGGCUGAGGAUGGACAUUGGGCUGGAGACUAUGGUGGACCCCUAUUUCUUCUACCAGGGCUACUGAUUACCUGUCAUGUGGCCAAGAUAUCAUUGUCAGAGGCUCAGAGGAAGGAGAUGGUUCGAUACCUGCACUCAGUACAACUUCCUGAUGGCGGAUGGGGGUUGCAUGUGGAGGACAAGUCAACAGUGUUUGGAACAGCGUUGAAUUACACAGCCUUACGAAUACUAGGUGUCGGACCAGAUGACCCUGACCUGGUGCGGGCGAGAAAUAACCUUCAUGAUAAAGGUGGUGCUGUUGGAAUCCCAUCCUGGGGUAAAUUCUGGUUGGCAAUUCUUAAUGUCUACAGCUGGGAAGGAAUGAACACCUUGUUUCCAGAAAUGUGGCUCUUCCCUCGAUGGGUACCGGCUCACCCUUCCACCUUGUGGUGUCACUGUCGGCAGGUCUAUCUCCCGAUGAGUUACUGCUAUGCCGUGCGGCUCACUGCACAGGAAGAUGACCUAAUUCUCAGCCUGAGACAGGAGCUCUAUGUUCAGGACUACAGCUCCAUUGACUGGCCUGCCCAGAGAAACAAUGUGGCGGCAUGUGACCUGUACACCCCACACAGCCAGCUUCUCACCAUCGCAUAUGCUUUCCUGAACAUGUAUGAGGAUCACCACAGCACCAGUCUGAGGAAGAAGGCAGUCACAGAACUCUACGACCACAUCGUAGCUGACGACAGAUUCACAAAGUGCAUUAGCAUCGGACCAAUUUCCAAAACCAUCAACAUGUUAGUUCGCUGGUAUACGGAGGGUCAUGAGGGCCCUGCUUUCCAGGAACAUGUUUCUCGCAUCCCAGACUAUCUCUGGCUUGGCCUCGAUGGACUCAAGAUGCAGGGCACCAAUGGAUCACAGCUGUGGGAUACAGCUUUUGCUGUCCAGGCCUACCUUGAGGCAGGAGCUCAGGACAUUCCGGAAUUCAUGGCCUGUCUCCAACACGCCCAUGAGUAUUUCCGAAUCUCUCAGGUUCAAGACAAUCCUCCAGAUUAUGAUAAGUAUUACCGUCAAAUGAGUAAGGGUGGUUUCUCAUUCAGCACUCGGGACUGCGGCUGGAUUGUAGCAGAUUGCACAGCAGAAGGCUUGAAAUCCAUAAUGCUGCUGCAGGAGAAGUGUCCCUUCAUCAAGGAUCACAUUUCUGAGGAGCGACUGUUUGAUGCCGUCAACGUGCUGCUGAGUAUGAGAAACCCUGACGGUGGGUUUGCCACAUACGAGACAAAGCGCGGGGGACGACUGCUCGAACUUCUGAAUCCCUCAGAGGUUUUUGGUGAUAUAAUGAUUGAUUAUACAUAUGUUGAGUGCACAUCUGCGGUCAUGCAAGCAUUAAAACACUUCCAUGAGAAAUAUCCAUACCACAGAGUGAGGGAGAUCCAUGAUACUUUGGAAAAGGGCCUUGAGUACUGUCGGAGAAUGCAGAAUCCAGAUGGGUCGUGGGAAGGGAGCUGGGGUGUAUGCUUUACGUAUGGAACCUGGUUUGGUCUGGAAGCUUUUGCCUGCAUGGGACACACGUAUCAGAAAGGUGCUGCAUGCAGAGCAGUGACCCGUGCCUGUGAGUUCCUACUGUCCAAACAGAUGGAAGAUGGAGGGUGGGGUGAAGACUUUGAAUCGUGCGAGCAAAGAAAAUACGUGCAAAGCGCAAAGUCCCAAGUUCACAAUACAUGUUGGGCAGUAUUAGGAUUAAUGGCUGCCAGGUACCCUGGCACACGGGCAAUUGAGCGAGGGAUUGAACUCCUAAUGGCAAAGCAGUUGCCAAAUGGGGAUUGGCCUCAGGAGAACAUUGCUGGUGUAUUCAAUAAAACCUGUGCAAUUAGUUAUACCUCCUACCGAACUAUCUUCCCCAUAUGGACACUGGGACGAUUCAUCAGACAAUACCCGAGUAGUGCCCAAACUAUCAAGCUCAAACUCUGACAAUGAAAACUGAUAUUGUCCUUGAGAGAUUUAUUUGCACACACCUCCAAGAGAUGAACAGCCCUUCAGAAUCACCAGGAGUAAUGACCACAUCAGUUGCUGCCACAUCAUGACAAGUUAGCAUUUGAACAUGUCCCAAUCAAGCAAGCCUUUCUCUUUGGACUGACCUUCUCAUCUCAAAUUCCACACUCUGAUCCUCUCCUUGCAAUUGCCUUCAUUCAGACAUUGUCAUGGAAUGUGCAAUGACAUCUUUCCAAAACUCCCCUUAGAAGUAUUCAAAGUGAAUUGACUUUAAAUUUUGUGCCAUCGUCAAACAGGAUGGAAGUCGUUUGGACCAAGCCUCUUGUAGCCACUUUUCAGAGGGACAGUUUAUUUCACCAGUGUUGGCUAUGCUCCUGUUUACUGGCAUUUUGAAGUUCAUUGACAUCAUUGCAAACCACUAUACAUCCUCUCAAUGUUAGGUAACAAAAUGAUGGAAUCUGAUGAUUUUAUCAUCAGGUUCAGAUGGCAGGCAAAAUAAAAUCUGUAGUGGACUGUAGAUUAGGGGAGAUGGAUGGCAUAGUGGUGUUAAUGUUAGACUAUUCAUUCAGAAAUUCAACAAAUGACCUGGGUACCUGGGUUUGAAUCCUGCCAUGGCAAAUGAUCAAAUUUGAAUUCAAUAAUAGCUGGAAUUAAGAAUCUAC